GAGAGGAAUCUGAAUAUCGUUCACCUUAUAGAAACACUUGGGUAUCUGAUGGCUGCCAGCCUUCUCAGGACAUUGUAGCCAAGGAGGUAUCCUUCUGAUUUCAUGGCUCAAAACUGAGAGCAAAUGCCACUGAAGAGGGAAAGUUGUCUAGUUUGUUCCCUCUUAAGUUAUAAAAAGGUCUCUUUUUUUUUUUUUCUGUAAUAAGUGUGCCAGUUAGUUCAGAAAAGUCAAGGAUGUGGCUCUGUACCGUGAAUGUGACCAAGCUUCCGUUGAACUUUCAGCUGCAGCUGUCGCUUUGUCCGGCUGAAAGCAGCUGCAGGGCAAGAGCAGGGGCUUGCUUGAAGAAGUGGUGCACGCAUUUAAUCACUACUCCUCUUUUGGCUUAAAGAGGGCGCUGAGGGAGGAGAAAUUCUGUUUCACGCUCUGGCUAGGUGUUUGUAGCAGCCUGUUGAUAACUGAGAGUUACCAGCAUUGUUUGUAAUGUUUCUAGGAGCUUUGCAGUUCUCUGUUCUUCUUAAAGCUCCAGUUUCUGCAGUCACACACACACAAAAAACAAAACCAGUCUGCCUCUAUCUUAAUGGGGGAGAAUUUCCAAAAUUUUAGCGGAGUGCAUCCUGAAGACAGUCUAAAAGAACCCAAAACACAGUCAAAUGUGAAAUUAUUUUUUUUUUUUUUAGCCUGAUGUCACUGUUUGCAUGCCUUGGAAUGGAUUGUAUAUCAGAUAUCUGAUAUCCGAUGAGGAGAGUAGAAAAAUGUUAUUUUUAUAUUCAAAGGCAGACUGGCUUUCUAGUUUAGUGUAAAUACUGAAGUCUGUCUUUACACUGACGUGAUGUUCAGGUAUCUGAACCGGUUCCUUUUGUUUGCCUGUCAGGUGAAGGCAAUAUGACCCCCUUACCUCCAGGCUACUGAUUUUUAACUUGCUCCCAAGCUUCUCAUCUUUCGAGGCAUUGUUAAGAAUAUUUUAACAUGCUUGCUUUGGACAAGAAGGACAAGAGGGAUUAGGCACAGGACAAGUCAUCCUAUAAAGCCAGGGAUGAAUGCACCCAGGAAGCAUAAUUUACACAAAGACGUACUUUUUGUGGGCUUAAUACAUUCUCUGGUGGUAGCAAGUAGCAUAAAGGGGAAAACAUGUUUUAUGAGCUGCUGAGGCUUUAAGUCAAAGUCAAUUUUCUUGGUAUGUUUUGUAUUUUCUUGAAUGACGAUGAAAAUAUUUCCUCCAGCAUUAGCAGAGUGCUGCAAAAGCAGCAGCCAGAUUUUGUAUUUGCCCUCUAAAUCCCAUGCUACCACCCCUGAGUGAUUCUUCCUGGUAAAGCUUCUCAGCUGUGCAACAUCUAGCCUCCAACCAGGGCAUGUUGUUGUUACCAGGUGAGACAGGCAGCGGCUCCUUCCUUCAGCCCUCAGUAAAAUGCUCACCUGCUGUUAGCAGCUGACACAGUUAGCAUCAGCUCCAAAGGGGCAAUUAAUUGAGCAGGAAUGGGGAAAACAAUUUGGGUGGGUAACUCCAAGCAGCUGCCUUGCUCCUCCAGCAGACAUUGCUGCCCUUGGGGUGCCACAUCGCGUCCCUCAGACCUGGCUCCUGGGCCACGAGAGAGUUGUGGAGGGGGGAGGGAGAGGGCAGGGCCUCUGAGCUUUCAGACUGCUUUUUUAAGGCUUUGUCCAACACCGAUUCCCCUCCCAGCUGUGCGCUGGAACCUACAAUGAAACAGAAUUUUGCUUUUGACAACAUGGGCUAUGAGGAGGGCUUUGAAACCCUGCCUUCACCAUCUUCCCAAGAGCGCACUGUUGCAGUCACUGUUGUGGGGAUGACUUGCCAGUCUUGUGUGCAGUCAGUAGAAGGACGAAUUUCCAAGGUGAAGGGCAUCGUGAGUAUUAAAGUCUCCCUUGAACAGAAUAGUGCCCUAGUAAAGUACCUGCAGUCAGAAAUAAGCCCUGCACAGAUUUGCCAGGAAAUUCAGGACAUGGGCUUUGACGCUAACAUCGCAGAAGAGAGGUUGACACCAGCGUCUGUAAGUUUACCGUGCUCGAGAGAAGCGGUAAUAAAGCUUCGGAUAGAAGGCAUGACGUGCCAGUCCUGCGUCACCAGCAUUGAAGGAAAGAUGAAGAAGCUGCAUGGUGUGGCAAAAAUCAAGGUGUCGCUCACUAACCAGGAGGCAAUCAUCGCUUACCAGCCUUACAUCAUUCAGCCUGAGGAACUCAAGAGCCAUAUCAGUAGCCUGGGGUACGACUGCACUGUUAAGAGUAAAUCGACGCCUUUGAAGCUCGGUGUGCUUGAUCUCGGGCGCCUGCAGAGCGCAGACCCCAAGGAGACACCGGCAAGUCUUGAGAGCAGCGGGUUGGGUCCACAGGCUGCCAAGAUGUGUAGCACAGCUACCGUGGCUGUACAGAUAGAAGGCAUGCACUGCAAGUCCUGUGUCAGAAACAUUGAAGGAAACAUAUCCUCUCUUCCAGGCGUGCAAAGUAUUAACGUGUCUUUGGAGCAUAAAUGUGCCGUUGUACAGUACAGCCCAAAUUUAAUUACCCUGUCAGCUUUGCAGCAAGCUAUUGAGUCCCUUCCACCCGGAAACUUUAAAGUGUGCCUCCUUAAUGAUUCAGAAGCAAAUAACCAGGCAUCUCCAUCGCCUGCUUUGCUAUGCGGUCUUGCCGGAGAGCCACUGGACGACACGAUGUGCACGGCUGUUACUAGGAUUGAUGGUAUGACCUGCAAUUCCUGUGUACAGUCCAUAGAAGGGACAAUAUCGCAGAGACAAGGUGUGCAGCACAUAGCAGUUUCUUUAGCUGGCAAGACUGGGACCAUACGUUAUGAUCCAGCUGUCACAAAUGGAGAGGAGUUGAGAGCUGCCAUAGAAGAUAUGGGGUUUGAUGUGUCCGUGCUGACAGAUACUGGCACAGGAGAACACAAGCAUCGGCCUGACGCCAGCGAUGCCGCGGUGCAGCCUCGAGCUCCGGAGUCUCCUCGCCAGGAUCGUGCCUCAGAUGCUCUUCUGGAGAGUCCUCACCUCGAUGGGCCAAACCAGCCCAGUGAAGCCAAGAAGUGUUUUUUGCAAGUCACUGGCAUGACCUGUGCAUCGUGCGUGUCUACCAUCGAAAGAAAAUUGCAGAAAGAAGAAGGAAUUGUUUCAGUGUUGGUAGCCCUGAUGGCAGGUAAAGCAGAGAUAAAAUACAAGCCAGAGUUCAUACAGCCUCUUGAAAUAGCACAGCUGAUCCAGAAUUUGGGUUUUGAGGCAACUGUCAUAGAAGAUCAUGCAGAAACAGAAGGAAAUGUGGAGCUUCUUAUUACAGGGAUGACUUGUGCUUCUUGUGUUCACAACAUUGAAUCCAAACUUAUGAGAACAAAUGGCAUAUUCUACGCCUCAGUUGCACUUGCUACUUGCAAAGCUCACAUCCAGUUUGAUCCUGAAAUUACAGGACCUCGAGACAUUAUAAAAAUAAUUGAGGAAAUUGGCUUUCACGCUUCUGUGUCUAGAAGAGUUCCAAAUGCACAUAACUUGGAUCAUAAAAAAGAAAUACAGCAGUGGAGGAAGUCUUUCUUGUGCAGCCUAGUGUUUGGUAUCCCUGUCUUAAUCCUAAUGAUUUAUAUGCUAAUACCUGACGGCGGACGCCAUGGGUCUAUGGUGCUGGAACAGAAUCUCAUUCCUGGAUUAUCUAUAUUAAAUCUCCUCUUCUUUGUCCUGUGCACUUUUGUUCAGUUUCUUGGUGGAUGGUAUUUUUACUUACAAGCUUACAAAUCACUGAAGCACAAGACGGCCAAUAUGGAUGUGCUCAUCGUACUGGCCACAACGAUUGCUUAUGUGUAUUCCUGUGUGAUCCUCAUGGUGGCCAUCAUUGAAAAGGCAGAGAAAAGUCCUGUCACUUUCUUUGACACUCCUCCAAUGCUGUUUGUAUUCAUUGCCCUUGGGAGAUGGCUUGAACACAUAGCAAAGAGUAAGACCUCAGAAGCUCUUGCUAAACUUAUAUCUCUUCAAGCCACGGAAGCCACUGUGGUGACUCUUGGACCUGACCACUCUAUCAUCAGGGAGGAGCAAGUAGCUGUUGAACUGGUUCAAAGGGGUGAUAUUGUAAAAGUUGUUCCUGGUGGAAAGUUCCCUGUGGAUGGAAAGGUCAUUGAAGGCAGUUCUAUGGCAGAUGAGUCUCUCAUUACUGGGGAAGCCAUGCCAGUCACUAAAAAGCCUGGGAGCACAGUGAUCGCUGGUUCAAUAAAUGCGCAUGGCUCAGUUCUUGUUAACGCAACCCAUGUUGGUAACGAUACCACUCUAGCACAGAUUGUGAAACUGGUGGAAGAAGCUCAAAUGUCAAAGGCACCUAUCCAGCAACUGGCAGAUAGGUUUAGUGGAUAUUUUGUUCCAUUUAUCAUCAUUAUUUCUACAGUGACUUUGAUAGUAUGGAUCACAAUUGGUUUUAUAAAAUUUGAUAUCAUUCAGAAAUAUUUUCCUAAUCAGAACAAACACGCUACAAAAGCUGAACUGAUACUGCGGUUUGCGUUUCAAACCUCAAUCACUGUGCUGAGCAUUGCAUGCCCCUGUUCUUUAGGCUUGGCUACCCCAACAGCUGUGAUGGUGGGCACAGGAGUUGCUGCGCAGAACGGUAUUCUCAUCAAAGGUGGAAAACCCCUGGAAAUGGCACACAAGAUCAAGACUGUGAUGUUUGAUAAAACUGGGACCAUCACUUGUGGAGUUCCUAAAGUGAUGAGGGUACUUCUGCUGGGAGACACAGCUGUGCUCUCUCUGAAGAAGGUCCUGGCGGUGGUUGGCACUGCAGAAGCCAGCAGCGAGCAUCCUUUAGGAGUGGCAGUCACUAAAUACUGCAAAGAGGAGCUUGGCACUCAGAGCCUGGGAUACUGCACCAACUUCCAGGCAGUCCCAGGCUGUGGCAUCAGCUGUAAAGUUGGCGGUGUUGAGGCCGUCCUGGGCAUGGCCGAGGAGGGUCUGGGUGAGCGGGUCGCUAACAGGAGUGGGGACAGCAGUGUUCCUCUGGAAGAUAACACACUGAUCGUGCUCUCUGAAUCAGAAGGUCCAUCAGCUUCCCAUGUGUACUCGGUACUGAUUGGAAAUCGUGAGUGGAUGCGACGCAAUGGCUUGCAUAUUGCAAAUGAUGUAAAUGAUGCAAUGACAGACCACGAAACGAAAGGACAGACUGCCAUAUUAGUGGCUAUAGAUGGUACCCUGUGUGGAAUGAUUGCGAUAGCAGACACUGUCAAGCAGGAGGCAGCCCUUGCUGUGCACACGCUGAAAAACAUGGGAAUAGACGUGGUGCUGAUAACAGGAGACAACAGAAAAACUGCAAAAGCCAUUGCUACUCAGGUUGGGAUCAAAAAAGUAUUCGCUGAAGUUCUUCCUUCUCACAAGGUUGCAAAGGUCCAGGAGCUCCAAAAUGAGAGGAGGAAGGUUGCAAUGGUUGGUGAUGGAGUCAAUGAUUCCCCUGCACUAGCCAGGGCUGACAUUGGAAUUGCGAUCGGAACAGGCACUGAUGUUGCCAUUGAAGCAGCAGAUGUUGUUCUUAUCCGAAACAACUUGCUAGAUGUUGUUGCCAGUAUUCACUUAUCAAAGAGAACAGUACGAAGGAUACGGAUAAAUCUGAUUCUUGCCUUAAUUUAUAAUCUGCUUGGAAUACCAAUAGCAGCAGGUGUGUUCAUGCCCGUUGGCCUCGUGCUUCAGCCUUGGAUGGGAUCAGCUGCAAUGGCAGCUUCCUCUGUGUCCGUCGUGCUGUCCUCCCUGCAGCUGAAAUGUUAUAAGAAGCCAGACACAGAAAGUUAUGAGGCACAAGCUCAAGGCCGCAUGAAGCCACUUACUCCUUCCCAAAUCAGUGUUCACAUUGGAAUGGAUGAUAGGAGGAGGGAUUCAUCCAGACCAGCUCCCUGGGAUCAGAUUAGUCAAGUGUCACUCUCUUCCUUGACUUCAGACAAGCUGCCCAGACAUAAUGGCUUUUUUGAGGAGGAAGGGGACAAGUGGUCGCUGCUCAUGAACGGAAGAGAUGAAGAACAGUACAUCUGAAGCACUGUGUUCUUAGUGCAGCAGGAAACAUUCCAGUGACGAGAGGAACUGAGUUAUGGCAUCAAGAUCUUCAAGGUUAUAAGUGAAGCUAUUCCUUCAGCUCACAAAAUGAUUGCAACUCAGUCUGGUGUUGGGUUGUAUGGACUGUGGAUUCCUUCAGGUCACCAGUUAUGUCCAGUCGCUGAAAGAAUCUGGGGCUCUGUAGUGAACUGGCUCCUUUGCACACAGCAAACAGUGAAAUAAUGUAAAAUUGUAAUUUCAGAGUUGAAUGGAGUUUUUCUCUUCUGGACUGUUCGCUGGGCACCAUAUUUCAUACUUUUCACUCUUUCUAACUUUAUUCUUUAAAGAGUAUAUGAAGCAAAAAUAUUUUCAGAGCUUCCAAAUACUAGUUUCAGUGUCCAAGUGAAAAUAUCCGUGGCAUAAGGAGCUCUGUGGUUGGAAGCUGUAUUUUUAAGCAGAAUCCUAACUAGUCACAUCACUGUGAGAGCACUUUAUACUUAGGAUUCGUGUGCAUCUUAUUGGACCAAAAAUGCUUCAGUGUUUCACUGACUAUAACUCUCUGAAAUGUCCAUGUUAGACUUUCACUUGCUUUCAAAUAUCCACAUCCUUUUGGUGCACAUUUCCACUGCUAAACUUGUUCAGUGAUUCCCACUGCUCUCCUAGGUUUUCUCUUUUGCUCCACAUCAGCUUUUUUUUCCCCUUUCUUCACACAAGAUAUCUUCUCUGACUUCUUACUAUGUUUACAGAUAUUCCUGUUUGGGACAAACUCUUCAUAGUCACUAGGAAUAUUCCAUUCUUAAUGCAAUUCCUGGUCCAAGUUAGCGCAGUAUUUUCCUGUGGAUACCUUGCAGGAUCCUUUGAAGUCCCAGACAAUUGGACAGUUGGCUGGCUCUUCCCUCUGAGUGAAGAAUUUAUAUCAGCGUGAGUGAAGGAGGUAUUUACCAUGGAGUGACUGAAAGCAGGACUAGGUCUAAUGUUGGUUCAUUGCAUGUUAACUCCAGUUUGCGUGUUGAUUAAAGUGGAGUCUAAAGGUUAAAUGGGACGUGGUGGAAAAGCGGCCCUAAAAUGUUGGACUUCUAGUUGCCAUUUAUAAUUUACUGUUUCUGAUGACAGAAGGGCUUGAACUAAAACGAUCUGUAAUAGCUUGAAUUUUAAUGUAAAUGGGUUUUCAUGUUUUGAAUUGGUUUUAAUUUUCAUCUUUUCUCUAGUUUAGUAAGAAAUGAAGGUGCUGAACAAACGUUUUUCACUUUAACGUCUUUACCAAAGCUGGCAGUAACUUUGUCACUCUGAAUGUCAAAUUCAUCCCUUAACACCUUUUGGAGUCAGUCAGGGCAAUCGACUGCUUCAGUGCACUGAAUCUGGUCCCAUGGUGCUGUACUGCUGGACUGUGGGACUCUGAAGUAAGCAGACCAGAGUUUUAUGAUCUUAUCUAAAAGGUGAAAGGACAGAUAUUACCAUGCCGAGCAAUGUGAAAUAAGCAUUUAAUUUCACUGACCUAUAUAUAGGACUGUUUCCAAUGGGGGUUCAUAUCCCGCUCCUCCUAAUUUCUUUUUGUUUUUACAAAUCAGGAAAGAGACUGUUCCUAAAGCAUCAGGCAGGUCUUCCUAUUCUCUCUUCCUCUUAAUAUUAUUUUUGAGCUGUCCUUAGAAAACAUCAACAGCAUUGUCUUAAAUACAAAUACAAAUCAGUUUUAAAACUGUAAAAUCUCUUUAUAUGUGCAGAGAUUACUUUCACAGCGUGCACUUUUCAAACAUGCCACAGGUGCCUACAGACGGCCCUGCGGGGAAGGUGGUCUACUGUUUCACUAUGUUGUGUUUCCUUACCAGUGCUUACAGUAAAAAUUUGGUGUU